AUGACCCCCAAUUUCGCCAACCCUGACUCACUCGCUGAGCUUUCUGCUCUCGUGGAGCGAACGCUCAUAGAUACGGGCCGGUUGUUUCGCAAAUCGAACUCCAUUGCCGCCAGCACCCACAUCCAACGCUCCAUCCCCGUAUAUUACGAUGGCUUCCAGAACGCGCUAGACAGCCUCUCCGAACAAAUUUUCAUCGCAAAGGCUUUCCUGGAAAAGGACUACGAAGCAAUCAAGGCACGCGAGGUAGUGCCGCAAUCCGCCGAGGAUGUAUCCAUGAGUGAAAUCAAGCAGAAAAUGGAGACGGAUCUACAACAGUCAAAGCUCGAGCAGACAGACUUAGCUUCUCGACCUCUCAAGGUUGAAGAUACCUCCGAUGAAAGCGCGAUGGCGGGUCUAUCGCUACCUACGGAAGCCAUCCCCGCACCACAGCCCAGCGAACCCCUACUCAAGAAAGAAGAGGAGAAAGAGACGGCAGGACUGGGACCUACGGAUCAAACAUACCCCGCGACUACCGAAGGUAUUCAAUUCGACACGGUUCUCGACGAGGGCGGAGCCAACAACUCGUUCGAUCUGAAUUACGACUUUGGUAACGACGAUAUGGGCAACCAGGCCUUCCUAUCCGGAACCGCCUUUGGCAGCACCACAACCGGUACCGAUAAGCCCGGUUCUUCCCUGCCACCGACUGACAAUGCGACCGCGGUCCCCACGGGCGGGGGUGCAUUUGACAUGGAGCUGGGAAAGACGGAGGAUGCCAAUCCAUUCCCCGACCCGGGCACCGGGAUGGAGGAUAUGAUGGGUCCAGGCGAGUCCAGCUUUGAUGAUUUAUUUAUGGAAAACGAGAACUUCGGCGAGGCAGCGGGGGAUCUGCAUCAGUUGGAGGGUGAUAGUCUGAUGGAGAUCAAUGAGCUGGAUGAUAGUUGGUUUAAUUGA